UGGGGCAAGUACAGUGGGAGCUAAGAGAGAGGAGAGACCGAGUGCACAGGACAGAUAGGCUACUGCUCAUUUUAAGAGUUUAAACAAGUCUGGGAAGGUUGUGUGCUUGGACCUGAAACGCAACAGAAGGUGAGGAAACCUGCAGCGCAGACAAAGAGUAUUCAGCGAGCUGCCUGCAGAGACACACAAACUUCCCAACAUCUGGUGUGCUGGUGGACGGGGCGAGCCGGAGAGAGAAACUUUGGAGGCGGAGAGAAAACUAUCUCCGCUGGAGAAAAAAUGCUUUGAAUUGGGAGUUUUGGGGCAUGAGCCGAGCCUACAUGAGCCGAAGAGAGGUCUGGUGGUCGUGCAAAGUGACAAGAGUGGAGGGAAAGCGGACGGAAAAGGUCUUGGAGGGCGAGAAGUCCACCUGGAGCGGUCAGGGAAUGAAUUAGCCAAAGGCUCGACUGCUCAGACUCCCAGCCAGAGAGAAGGCUCACUCCUUGGCCCCUCCACCUCCUCCCAUACGAGCCAGGCCUAAGUCCAUGGAUGAGGAGAGGAGUGCCCCUGCCAUCUCCCCAGAGCCACCUGAUGAUGGGGACCCCAGUUUACCAGCUCCACAACCAAGUUCACACUCAACCUCCACCACAACAAAAGCAAACUGCUGCCCAAACCUAAAGCCCUGUCCUUGUGAAGAUGUGCCACACACCUACACUGAGCCCCUCAUAUUGAGGUCAAAUUGCACCCCAGGAAGGUUGCCAGGGAAUGAUGGAGACAAUUGUAACAGCAGCCUCUCGCACUCGGAGCUUGCAACUCCCAGCAAGAGUAUCACAUCUCAACCAGCAGCCAGAUCCACGCCCAUCCACCACACCCAGCCAUGUCGGACACAGCCCAGCAGCCAGCUACGCAACGGAGCCAAGCAUCACUCUCACACACACUCCCCUCACACGCACUGUCAGCAUCACACGCACACGCCACACACGCAUGCACUCCAGUCCAUCGGGGUCAGGAACGGGGGCCCUCAUGAGCAUCCUAAGCUGGGCUCCCUCCCAAGAGGUGGCUCAUCCACCUCCUCGUCCUCUUCAGCAGGACCCAAACACACCAAGAAACUGCAGUCCAACCCCUCCAUCACGUCCCAGAGCAGCAAGAGGAGCAAGAGCAGCUCCAAAAGCAACAGCUCCCAGAUUCCCACAGAGGCACAGGACGACUGCUGUGUUCACUGUAUUCUGGCCUGCCUCUUUUGUGAGUUCCUAACUCUGUGUAACAUCGUGCUGGACUGUGCCACCUGCGGUUCCUGUGCAGGCGAUGACUCGUGUUUCUGCUGUUGCUGUGCGUCGGAGGAGUGUGGCGACUGUGACCUGCCCUGUGACAUGGACUGUGGCAUCAUCGACGCCUGCUGUGAGUCCGCAGACUGCCUGGAAAUCUGUAUGGAGUGCUGCAGCCUUUGCUUCUCCUCCUAAGGCCCCAGCCACCACCACAGGGUGCAAAGUAGAUGCCUGCUGCACACUCCCACAAGCCCAGGAACAACUUCGAUAAGCGUCUUAUUGGACCUGAGAAGCCCUACACCCAGUCUUUGUUGCCUGGGCUCUGUGGUUCACACUAUAUUGGCUGGCCUAAUUGGCCCCACAAUAUGUCCAAUGUUUCUUACAGGGUUUGCCAAGCAAAAGAUGUGAUCUAAUGCUGAGAGUAGUCAUGGGUGAACUCUACCUUCCUUUAUUGAUCAAAUGGUGGGGCAGUAACUUCCCCUGCUUUGUCUUUGCUGUUGGUCCAUUGCUACACAGCUGGGUGUAUGGUUGAGAGUGAGUUCCAGCUGUGGUCCAUGAGAGUUUGCCAGGCUGUGCAGCCUCUGGACCCUCACUGAACAAGCUAUUAUUACAAUGGAGCCCCUUGUGCUGUCUGAAUGACUGAAGUUCUCCAAGCAUGAAAAAUGACCUCCAAAGGCAAAUGAGAAAAUGGCUCCAUUUAACCGGAUUUUAGUGUUUCUGUAGAUAAGAGCAGCAGUAUAAUGGAAAAAUGGACGCUCAGAUCUCAGUAGAAAAGUAGUCUGUCCUCCUGUCCUUGGCAAGGUUAAAGUCUUCCAGUUUGAUUGCCUACAGUGCCCUUUGCGACACACAGUCCAAGUGGCGGAUGUUGAAUUCACCGCUGUCGUCAUCCUUGCUGCAAUGUGCAAAUUAGAGAAAACAUUAAUGGUGGCUUGUGGCAAUAUUACAGAGUUUUUUUUUGUUAAUAUGCAUCUCACUUAAAGGACUUAUUUAGAAAAGAAUCAUGAAAUCGUUAUGCAUCAGCCUGGAGAUGGGUCCCAUUAAAUGAGUACUGUACGUAAUGGUGAUCACAGAGCGCAUGGUUGAUAGCAUCUGCAAUGGACAUAUUCUCUACACUAACAUGUGAAGGGAGAGAGUUUUUAAUCAAAAGUCUCUCCUCGUUUAAUGUUUCACAUCUUGUUUACUUUUACAUUUUUUUGAGGGGCUUUGACUGUAUUCCGUGAAUUCUUCCUCAUCUGAUUGGUCAGAGCUGUUAAAGGGCUGGUAGAGGAUUGGAAGGCAUCAUCUCCUUUUUAAUACAUUUCAUUUUCCUUUGUCAUUCUUGCUAUGUGAAAAAAUGGCCUUGGCUUAGUUUAAGGCCUGAAUUUUCAAGUAAAUUCCUCGCCUUUACCAAAUCUCUAUUAAUCCUUGUAUUGUAGAUUUUAGUUAAGAUAUUUGCAUUUCUCCUGUAAUGUGAAAAUUACAUUUCUGUGUUAUCGGGUUUUGCCGGACUCUCCGUAAAGCAGACAUUGCUCAACAUCUAAUUUAAUUCCUUGAGUGAAAAUCUCACAACAUUAUGCUAAGUUAGAUCCAUAUGCUCGUAGUAUGAAUGGUACGCUUUUGAUAACAGGCCCACACUCUCAUAUGCUCAGAUGCAUACCUUCUCCAACCCAAUACCUCUUGAGAUGUCACCUAGAUCUGUUGUGCAUUUAAAAUGACUUGAUACAAAUCUCUCCUUUCUGAUCAAAUACUGUGCAAUCCUUUUUUCUUGGAAUUACCAAAGAGUUUUUAUUCUAACUGGACCUUAGUUUCUAGACCUAAAAUUACUUGUACAUAGAAGGGUUUUUGCUAUGCUAAUAUGGCUGCGGUUGAUUAAACCCUAUUUUAAGGGCUGAAAUCUAACACUGUUGAUGAUGAAUAUACACUACGGAUGCCAUCAACCUGAUAACACAGAAGCAGAAUAUGCAAGUUUUGGGAAUUCAGCUAAUGCAACUUGACAAGAUAAUAUGACUCCUCAUGUUUGUUCAUAUCAGAUUGGAUAUGUUUCAUAUUUUGGGACUCAACUGAGAAAAAAUCCUGGAAAGCCCUGGAAAACAAUGCAAUUUAUUACAGUACAGAGAAAUUUAUGAAGGGAGAACUGGAUUAUAUACAGUUACGUAUAGAAAUUACAACAAUGUCACUUUGUUUGAUUUACAAGAUAUUCAAAGUGCAGAUUCUGAUGAUCAUGCUUAAUCUAGGGACAUGCUUCUGUCACCAGACCAACUUUGUCAAAAAAAAAGGAUAGGAGUGCAUUGUGAUAAAUAUCUGGGGCAAGUGGAAGGUUAAUCCAUUUGAGUUUGAAACCAAAAUACAAACUGCUUCCUUAACAACACUGGUUUGUUAACAACAGUCAUUACAAAUAAUAGAAACAGUUUCGUACCACUGGAAUGCAGUUUUUAUAUGUACAUAGCUACACAGCCAAAAGCUAAUGUUACCAUAACUUGUGUCCACUUUUGAUAAUAGCAUGGCUACAGUCUGUUAGACUGUUAAAAUAAGUAGUUCACCUUGCGAUCAUGCAAGCAACAGUGUGAAUACAUAUUGUCAUAUGUUUCCUUCAUUUUAUUGCUCAAAUAAAUUUUAUUGCUAAAAUAAUAGGUUCACUUUUUUUAACCCAACCCAGUUGACAUGUUGUUUCCUAUCAUUUAUGACCUCACGCUGGCUCAAGUUUUAAGAUUCUUACCUCUCUGCUGCAGCUUCUCACUGGGCUCAAACACAGUCCAAAGGAGCAAUAUUUGAGACCUUCAAAAUCCAGUUUGCGUAAACGAGAAGGUUACAGAGAGGCUUAUCUGUGGUCUCAAACCUUGGUUUCUAUUAUACUGAAUUGAUUUUAGUUUUGCUCAAAUUCCUGCUGUAGCUGGAAAAAUACAGUCAACAAAACCAACCUGUAAUCGAAAGCAUGACUUUGCAACUCUCUUUUAGCAGUAGAUCAUUUAAACAUGUCUGGCCCUCUUUUGAGGUUCCUGUUUUCCAAAAGUAGCUUCCCCAAUUUUUUUUUUUAAAGAGGUUAAAAUUCUCCUUUUGGACUAUGAAGAACAGUGAGAAUGUGCAGCAAAGUGGUAAGUUUGUCAAUACUAAAGCUAGGUUGUGCUAUGCAACAUAAAUCAUGUGAAACAACAUUUUAAUAAGGUCUGGGUUGAAAAACAGUGAACACAUCAUUUAAAUUUAAUUUAAUGCUGUUGGAAUAAUUUUUUUAUGAUUUAGUUAUUAAAUAUUACUUUAUGUCUACACCAAGAACUGCUUCACAACUUGUGGAGAACAGAGGCAGUCUGGAGGCAUAGAAAUUGGUGAUUGGUUGGUCUGGAGAUGGAGAACACUGUCUACACAUAGAAAGUCCCCAAAUGAGCACUGGUCUUGCACCGAGAUCAUUCCUUGGAUUUUAGAGAUGAUUUGGAGACGUGGAUUUGAUGUUGGGUUUCCACAAGACAGGCCAUCAUUUCAUUUCCAGAUAGGCCCGGUGUAUUCAGUCAAGCUAUCACAGCAAUAUUGGAAGGAAACACAAGUUUUAUCAGUAAUCAGUAUUAUCAGUAUUUUUGUUAGAAUUACCUUGACCACAGAAAUUUCUAACUGUUAACAUUUAUAGAUUUAUUAUCUUAUUACAAGAUGAAACUUGGAUUUUGAUUUAAAGGGCUGGCCACCUCUGCUAGUAUUCUGAAAGUUAGCCUAGUCCAGCUGAAUUGUUACUAGACUGUAGUCCACUAUAAUGUCAUUUUGUUUACACUACCCCCAUUUAAUGUCAAUUUGAACUG